AUGGAUGAUGAUGCGAAAUGGAUAAACAACCGUUUAAAGGAAGUGUUUAAGGAUGCAAAGCGGAAGAAUGAGAAUGACAAGUUCGAGAGUGCACGAAGAAAGGUGAGACUGGCAGACGUGAUGCGCGACACUGAACAUUCUCGCAUUCAGAUUUUAUCGCUGUCAAUCCAUAGGUAUUGUGUACCUGUGUGUGUUUGCGCAUGUGCGUGCUUGCGUGAAUCCGUAGGCUGUAUUGAAAACGUUCAACGUUUAUGCGUCAUGCCGAAAGAAGAUUCAGUUAUGGACGUAUCGGUGUUAUACACAACUUUACUAUCCGUACUGCUGCUGGAUAGUGAAUAG